GGACUCGGGACCUGAAGAAGUCGGUGCUCUUUCAGAGUGACGAACGUUGAGACUAUCCUUCUGCAACGAACAUUCCGGUUAGUUUUUGCUUGAUUUCUCCGCUUUAUUAAUCUCUCUUGCUUUCGUUCUAUUUCUCAAAACCUUGGAGGAUUUAAGUGAGGUAUUACCAGAAAAUGGAUGAGUACCAGCAUAUGGAGAGAUUUGGAAUGGAAAACGAUUACGAAGACGGGCAGUGGAUUGGUGGAGAAUUCUAUUACAGGAAGCGCAAGGAGAAGCGACGGCAGACGAAUGAAGAUGUACUGUACGGAGUUUUCGCGGACAGUGAUUCGGAUAAUGAUGAUUCGUCCAGGAAGCGGAAGAAAGAUUUUUUCUCAAAGUCGGAUUUUACGAAGCCGGUGAAUUUUGUAUCGACUGGUACCGUGAUGCCGAACCAGGAGAUUGAUAAGAACAGUAAAGAAGAGAGGAGCAGAGAAGAGGACGUGGGGGAGGAAGAGGAGGAAGGAAGUGCUGGGUUAGGGCUUAGUUCGAAUGUGGGGUCAGGACUAGGUUUUAGGCAAAAUUCGACGAAGAAAGAUAGUGGUAAUGAGAAUGAUGUGGACGAUAAUGAUGAUGAUAAUUUUCUUCCGACUGCGUUUGGUAGGAUUAUUAAGGAGGGUGUGCAGCGGCGGGAGAGAGAAAGAGAGAGGUUGAAGUUGGCUCAGAAACCUCAGGGAAGAAGAAGGGAAUCAGAAUUUGGUGAUGUUGGGCAGUUUGAGAAGUAUACGAAGGGGAUAGGGAUGAAAUUGCUUGAGAAAAUGGGGUACAAGGGAGGUGGAUUGGGUAAGAAUGAACAAGGUAUUGUUACUCCGGUUGAAGCCAAGUUGCGGCCGAAGAACAUGGGAAUGGGUUUUAAUGAUUACAAGGAGGCAAGUUUACCUGUUGUAGAGGAAGUGGAAGAGAAAAAACCUUCAUCUGGAAUAACUCGGCCUACUGGACGGGCAAAAGAGAAACUUUGGUCAAGGCAAAGUCGGGGAAAGAAAAAGGAUUAUAUCACAGCUGAGGAAUUGCUUGCGAAGAAGCAGGAGCAGGGUCUGGAAGUUGUUCAGAAGGUUCUAGAUAUGAGGGGACCGCAGGUACGGGUUUUGACGAACUUGGAGAAUUUGAAUGCUGAAGAGAGGGCAAAGGAAGAGGACACACCAAUGCCCGAGCUUCAACAUAAUAUAAGACUGAUAGUAGACUUGGCCGAGCUUGAUAUUCAGAAAUUGGACAGGGAUUUGAGGAAUGAGAGGGAGACAGUGGCGACUUUGCAGAAAGAGAAAGAGAAGCUUCAAAAGGAGGCAUCUCGGCAGAAGAAACAGCUGGAUAGCAUGGAAGACAUAGUUGAGGUGCUGGAGCGAAUAGGUGUGGAAAACUCGUCAGGGACAUUGACACUGGAUUCACUUGCAGAGGUCUUUUAUGACUUACAGAAGAGAUGUGCUGAUGAUUACAAGCUCUGCAACUUGUCUUGCAUUGCAUGCUCAUUUGCGUUGCCUUUGCUGAUUAGAGUGUUCCAAGGAUGGGAUCCGCUUCAGAGUCCAUUGCAUGGGUUGGAGGUGAUGUCUUCAUGGAAGAGUCUAUUGCAAGGAAAUGAUUCUCUUGAUUUCUCAGAUCCAACAUUACCCUAUGUCCAGUUGGUCAUGGAGGUUAUUUUUCCUUCUGUGAGGAUAUCUGGGACUAAUACCUGGAGAGCCAGAGAUCCUGAACCAAUGCUUCGAUUUCUAGAAUCAUGGGAGAACCUAUUGCCUCCCCUAGUUCUUCAGACCAUUUUAGACACUGUGGUUAUGCCAAAACUAACAGAUGCUGUAGAGUCAUGGGACCCUCGUCAGGAGACUGUCUCUAUCCAUGUAUGGGUGCAUCCAUGGUUACCAUUAUUGGGACAGAAACUGGAGACUCUGCAUCAUACAAUAAGAUUCAAAUUGGGAAGUGUUCUUCAUGCUUGGCAUCCAAGUGAUGCAUCUGCUCUCACAGUACUAUCUCCUUGGAGGACCGUGUUUGAUCCUGCCAGUUGGGAACAGCUUAUUGUUCGAUAUAUAGUUCCAAAACUGGUGAAUGUACUGCAGGAAUUUGAAGUAAACCCUGCAAAUCAGAAACUCGAGCCAUUCCAUUGGGUCAUUGCUUGGAGACAUGCUAUUCCAAUUCAUCAUAUGGUUACUAUGUUGGAGGUGGGUUUCUUCACCAAGUGGCAGCAGGUUUUAUACCACUGGUUAUGUUCAAACCCAAGGUUCGAUGAAAUUGAGAAAUGGUAUUUAGGUUGGAAAGAACUUUUUCCAAAAGAGCUGUGGGAAAAUGAGCGUAUAUGGUAUCAGUUCAAGGUAGGGCUUGACAUGGUUAACCAGGCUGUUGAAGGUAUGGAGGUGGUGCAACCUGGGGUUAGGGAGAAAAUGAGCUACCUUAGGGUGACAGAACAAAGGCAAUUUGAGGCGCAACAGAAAGCAGCAGCCCAUGCUCAGCAGCAAGGAAUAAAUGCUGUUCCUGAGUUGAGCUUAAAGGAAGUUAUUGAAACUUAUGCACAGCAACAUGGAUUACUGUUUAAACCUAAGCCUGGUAGACUAUACAACGGUCUUCAAAUUUAUGGCUUUGGUAAUGUGAGCAUUUAUAUGGAAUCCUUAAAUCAAAAGAUCUUUGCUCAUACAGAAGAAGGAUGGUCGUUGGUUACACUAGAGAAGUUGCUGGAGAUGAAUCUUAGUUCUGGCCAGAGACGACAUUGAGUUUUGUAGUACAUAGUUUGUUUUCAAUGACUUGUAAAACUGCUAACUCAAGGUUUCUUUGUCCUUGAAUUCAAAUUUGGUGAUACAUUUAA